UUUUCAAGUGACAACAUGGAGCCCAGGAGACCGCUACACGCAAGUCUAACUUUGUUAAUCCUUGUUACCAGCAGCCAUGGAGGACACUUAAAACCAGGGCCCACUCUAAAAAUGGACCAGGCUUUGUUAACGUUUCAUAACCAGCUGACGGAAGAAGUGGAGGUGUUCUACACGUCAGAUUCCUGCUACAAGUGUGUGUACCAGCAUUUGGUCACUGUGAAGCCCAACAACAACAAUGCAUCUGCCGUGAUCAGCACUAAAUUCCCUCUGACUCUGCAAGUGGAGUGGACCAGGAAUGUAACUCUUUGCAGUUGGAGUCAGACAUAUGGAGAAGGUGGUCAUUACUCUGUUUGGAUCCAGAUGUCUGAGGCAGCCAGUAACCCCAGCUGCACCGACGCUGUGGAUAAAAGACCAAACAAUGCACACCUGCCUCUUCUGGUGGGAGCUCUCUCUCUGGCCAUAAUCGCUCUCUUAUUUGUUGGGGCACCCUACAUCUACAGGAGGCGUUGUACGUCAAAAUGUAUUAGGACCAUUUGCUGCCAAGGCCCACAGUACUCAGUGGAUAAUGACGGAGCACAGGCUGUUGAAGCUGAGCACAACACCACUAAAGCUAAACCAACACGUCUGCGCUCCCUGGAUACUUUCCGAGGGUUUGCACUGACAGUGAUGGUGUUUGUGAACUAUGGUGGAGGAGGCUACUGGUUCUUUCAACAUGCACCAUGGAAUGGCCUAACUGUGGGAGAUCUUGUUAUGCCAUGGUUUGUGUUCAUCAUUGGGACUUCAGUGAUGUUGGCUUUCAGAUCCAUGCAGAGAAGAGGAGUUAGCCGCCAGCAGCUGCUGCGCAAAAUCACCUGGAGAACAGCCGUCCUCGUGAUGCUCGGCUUCUGCUUUAUCAACUACUCUCCAAGAGACGGACCACGUAAUGUCCUGGUCCUGGCUGAGGAUCCCUGGAGUGCUGCAGCGUCUGGGCUUUACCUACUUUGUUCUGUCUCUCCUAAUCACUGGUGGAACCCUGUCCAGGAUGUGGUCCUUUAUUGGCCACAGUGGCUGAUUAUCAUCCUGCUGGAGACUCUGUGGCUUUGCAUCACUUUGCUCAUGCCUGUACCCAACUGCCCCACAGGGUAUUUGGGAGCUGGUGGAAUCGGUGAUAACGGUCUUUACCCAAACUGCACUGGAGGCGCAGCAGGAUACAUUGAUAGAUGGAUGUUUGGGGAUAACAUGUACAGAUACCCUACAUGCAAAGAAAUAUAUCGCACCACACAGCCCUUUGACCCAGAGGGGUUUCUGGGUACAAUCAACUCCAUUGUCAUGGGAUUCCUGGGGAUGCAGGCGGGGAAAAUUAUCAUUUUCUACAGGGGGGCGAACGUCCGCAUCCUCUGUCGAUUCCUUGUGUGGGCCGUCAUCCUGGGAAUCUCUGCAGCCAUCCUUUCUAAGUGCACACGAGACGGAGGAUUUAUACCUGUCAAUAAAAACCUUUGGUCGUUGUCCUAUGUGAUGUGUAUGGGCUGUUUCUCCUUCCUGCUGCUUGGAGGCAUGUACUUUGUCACUGAUAUCAAGGGCUGGUGGGGUGGACAGCCAUUCAUAUACCCAGGGAUGAACUCCAUCUUUGUAUAUGUUGGCCACUCUCUCCUGGGUUUCUACUUCCCGUUCAGCUGGGAGAUGCGCUUCCAGGAGAGCCACUGGGAGUGGCUCUUCCAAAGCCUGUGGGCAACUGCACUGUGGGUGCUCAUCGCUUACAUGCUGUACAGGAAGAAAUUCUUCCUCAAAAUAUAA